GAUCUCGACCCGUUUGUAUAAUAAUGAAGAAAAAAUAUCCUUGCUACAAUAAUCCAGACUCAACUUGCUUGUCUGAUUACUUUUUCUGGGACAUUGAAGACUGCGCGGCCUCGAUGAAAGGUCACGCUUAUAUUUGUAAAAGACCUUACGACGACAUAAGUUGUGUUUACGGUAAAGGACAUCAGUAUCUGGGUAAAGCUAGCGUAGCAGCAUCCGGUAAACCUUGUUUACCCUGGAAUCAUACAGCCGUAGCUUAUCCUCUUCUUGUUAACGAUUGUACGAACGGUAGAGAUGAAUUACGUUGCUCAGAACACUUGGAAUUUUUCUCGAAAACACAAGGUCAUCGACUGACUGGUUACGAAGUAGAAAAGUGGCUGAAUACUCCGGCGAAGACUUGUGCGUUGAGAUGCAAAGAAGCUAAAUUUACUUGUCGUUCAUUUUCUCAUAAAACUAGUGAAAAUCUGUGUUUGCUGAGUGAUAAUAACGUAGGAUCCACUGGAGCGUUGGAAGCCACCAGUGGUUUUGAUUAUUACGAGAUGAUUGAUCUGAGCGUCGACUGCACAGGACUGUUUGUUUGUAAUAAUAAAAAAUGUAUCAAUCAAACGCAAGUCUGUGACGGAAAAAACGACUGCAAGGAUAGGUCUGAUGAAAAUAGUUGCGAUCCAGCAAAACUGGAUUACGAAAUACGGCUGAGUGGUUCUGAAAAUGAAUAUGAAGGCCGCGUUGAAGUUAAAAUAAUGGGUGUCUGGGGGCAGGUUUGCGACGAUAAUUUCGGAAUGUUAGACGCUGAAGUUAUUUGCCGCGAGCUGGGAUUCGAAUUAGGAGCUCUGGAGCUCCGUCUGGGAGGAUUUUUCGGGAAUAUGGAUCCAUCGACGCGGUUUAUGGUCGACCAAUUGACCUGCAGAGGCAACGAAACUUCUCUGAGAGAGUGCGAUUUUGACGGAUGGGGCGUUCAUAACUGCUCGCCGGAAGAAACUGCCGGGGUAGUCUGCAAAACAGCCGUCGAAACUUGUCCCGAAGGCAACUGGAAGUGUGACACAAGUCCUGUUUGUAUUCCCACUCCUUUUAUUUGCGAUGAAGUCGUUGAUUGUCCAGAUUCGUCUGAUGAAAGUCCAGCUCAUUGUGAUGCGCCGUUUGAGAUAAGGCUAGCAAACGGAAGUAGUCCAUCGGAAGGCCGCGUAGAAAUACGUCACCACGGUGUGUGGGGAACUGUAUGCGAUGACGAUUUUACUCAUGCUGCUGCUAAAGAUGAAAGUAACCGCGUGGUUACGGAGGUAAAUAUCAACGACAUACUACCGAGUAACUGUGGAAAGCGCGCUGAAGAUUUCCAUAAUGAAGAGGAAAUAUUUGCUAAGGUUGUCCGCGGUUCAGUAGCUCCGAAAGACUCGUAUCCGUGGCAGGCAAGUAUACGAGUAAGAGGUCACAGCAGGUCAAAUCAUUGGUGCGGCGCAGUCGUUAUCUCUCCUCUGCAUGUCUUGACAGCAGCCCAUUGUCUCGAGGGCUACAACAAGGGUACUUAUUUUGUUCGCGCUGGAGAUUACAAUACUGAGAUAACAGAAGGAACCGAAGCAGAUGCAAAUAUAGAAGAUUAUUACAUUCACGAGGAAUUCCGGAAGGGUCAUCGUAUGAACAAUGACAUUGCUUUGGUGUUAUUGAAAGGUCGUGGUAUUCCACUUGGUGAGCACAUAAUGCCAAUUUGUUUACCGCCGAGAAACGUAGAGUAUCCUGACGGUUUGAACUGUACGAUCAGUGGAUUCGGAAGCAUCGAGACUGGAAAAUCUGCACACUCGAGGGAUUUGCGCUUUGGUUGGAUUCCACUGAUUGACCAAAAUAUUUGUCGGGCAGACUAUGUUUACGGGGAAGGCGCUAUAAGUGAUGGUAUGAUGUGCGCCGGAUAUUUAAAUGAAGGCGUAGAUGCUUGCGAUGGAGAUUCUGGCGGACCACUUGCAUGUCAUCAUAAUGGGAAAUUUUUUUAA